AUGGUGAAGAUCAACGACCCCACCGAGAAGGAAGAAGAAGAGAAGAAGGACUGGACGCACGCGUACGCGGAAGACCUCCGCGCGGAUAUCUACACCGAGGUCAACCCGUCCCCGAAGGCGACCGUGCACCAGCGCGAGUGGAGGAAGAUUCUGAACGGCGACCCGGUCGAGAUCAACCCCUCCGUCGGCGCGGGGCUCAAGGUGAUGACGAUCAACGAGUGGUCGUCGCGAUGGAAGCAGAACGAUCGGUUCCCGGACUGCCUCGCGUGCCAAAGCGUCUCCACGAAAGAGCAUCACUUCACGCAGACGUGGUGCCGCGGGAAGCGACAGUUCGAGUCCGAGCUCCUGUGCUCGGACUGCCACAUGUUCUCGUGGCGGUCGUACAGCGAUCCGGAUUUCAUGCUGCCGGAGGAGUACGAUAAGAUUCGCUGGGAGAAGAUGGUGGAGGCGAAGGCGACCGGGAAACCGAUCGUUCGCGACUCCGCCAAGGCGCACGCGUAG